AGCCAUCAGCUGUUGUUGUUCUGCUGAAUGUUUUUGUUGUCUGGCUUCUCUUUGAGGCGUAGUUUUUUGUUUUUUAUUUUAAAUAAUUGCAUUACUCAUAGUUUAAAACGAACAAAUGGCGCUGGUGGAUCACGACUCCUGGGACAUUGAGUACGAGGGAUGCGAGAGGCUGCGCCACCAGCUGCUAGUGCAGUUGAACCAGCGCCAGCAGCUCGGCCCCAAGGAGAGCCAGUACGUCCAGUUGUCGGCCAGCAUACGGUCCGGGCUGGAGCAGCUGGGCCAAGAUAUGAAGCACCUCAAGGUGGUGCUGGACAAUGCCAUCACCUGGGAAACCAGCCCCGAGGAGGAGCUCCAGCAGCGCCGCAUCGACUACGACCGACUCACGUCCCAGCUGCGUGGAAUCCGUGAGAAGUUUGCCAAUAGCACUCGUUCUGAUGUGCGAAACGCUGUAGCCACCACCAGCUCCGGCUCGGCCUGGCAAGAUCAGGAUCUUCGGCCGGGACAGGCACCGGCACCCAUGGACGCUGAGGCGCUGAAGCAGCGGAAGAUGGAGAUGCUUGCGCAACAGGAUCAGGGCCUAGAGGCUCUCUCGGUUACCCUCUCGCGACAGCGGGAGCUGGCCACCCAGCUGGGCAACGAAGUGGAGGACCAAAACAACAUCCUGGACAACCUGGCCAAUGCCAUGGACCGCGUAGAGUCGGGCGUGCAGCGGGAGACGCAGAGUAUCGGUCAGGUGAACCGGCGAGACAGCACCUGGGGCUACUGGCUGGUCAUCAUCGCCCUGUUCGUGGCUAUUAUCGUGGUGGUCUUCGUGUAGUGCUCAUUCCAGUUGUUAUGCUUCCCAUCUAUAUCUAUGUCUGUUCUGUAGUUAUCCCAAAGUACCCAUCAGAGUAUUUAUACAUUAAUUAAAUAGGAUUUAUAAGUAUCUAA